UUGAUAAAUUUCUAAUAAAGUAUAUUAAUUAAUAAAUUUAAUAUUUUUAAAGACAAUAAGAGAACAACUGCCUAAGUCUUUUCUAGCAUGUUGCACAAAAAGAUUUGUAAUAAAUUAAUUUAUUAUCGGUGAAAAGUCUACAUUGAAGUAAUAAAUACUUAAAAUAUCAAAGUACAGUUUCAGUGAUACACAUUUUGCAACUCUCCUUUAAUUUUAUGGCUCAAAUUAAAUAAUUAUUUCAACAUAAAAUACAAAUAAAGUUGAAGACAUAACUUUUAUUGUGAUAACAAAAAAUUAACAGCCACGAGAAACUGAAGCAAUUAUAUAAUAACUGUUUUCCUCUCUCGAAACGUUUUAAUUUUUUCUUUUCGAGCUUCCUUUUAUUAUCUACGUACGUCACAUAUAAUAAACUAGAUUAGGCAUUAAAUUUUAACAACGUCCAAUGUGCAAUUUGUUUAGCUUUACGUAUUAGUCGUAAGAUUACAACCAUUCCUGUUCUCGGAGAGCGAGCGGGGACUUUUUAUCUGCCGUUUCGUGCGAGUCACUUAGCCCUCUCAAUUUUUUCCUCCCUCACUGUCGUUAUUCGCCGUCUCUGGUUUCCGGUGGCUUAGUUUUACGUGCCGUAUACCCCUUGUCUCAUAUAGGACGUGGUUCGCUCGACACGCAUAAAAGAGGGAAAAGAGAAAGAGAGAGCGAGAGAGAGAGAGAGAGAGAGAGAGAGAGAGAGAGAGAGAGAGAGAGAGAGAGAGAGUUGUUGCUACCCGACUACAGGGUAGCUUUUGAAUUUCGCGUGAACGAACGGCGACGGAGAGAAACUGGUUUCGGAUAAAGUGAGUCGUGAGGACUUUACCCUGACUUCGAUGGUACUUUGCGAGGGAGAGUUGAAGUAACCAUAGGUUUACUUCGGCCUCUUACGACCGUUCUACAUCUCGUUCGUGAGAAAGGGACCGUGAUCUAUUCAGGAGCCGUAUAAUGGGAAGAGAGCCAAUACGCCCGUUUAUGUUCGCGGCACGUGGUCGAUUUUGACGAAUAGAUUAUCAUAAACCGAGCAAGACGAAUCCUUUCCGUAAACCAUCGCGGACCAUCGGGUUAACGGUGCCCUCGAGAUGCGGUGAUGGCUUUGUUGUAUAGGUUCGCGCAGCUGCACGAUCGCAGUGGCACGCGGGUCUUCUCCUUCGUCGUCACUAGGACCGUCGUGCGCGAUCCUGAGAGAGACGUCACCAGCAAAGAACUAGUAUGCGGUUUUCAGAGAUGGGCCGUCGCAUUUUCACGCGGGGAAAAGGUCCUCGGCGUUUACUUGGUAUGGCGUGGCGCGUCAAGAAACCUCCGCGUAUACGUGGACUUCACGUUCACGCUGCUGAAUCGGGAGCACUUCUCCAUGAACGAGAGCUUCUCCGGCAAGCGCGUCAAGUUCACCUACGAGGCGCCGGCUCAGGGCAACCGCAGCUACAUCGCCGUGGCGGAUCUCUACAGCCGUAAUUUCGCCGACACGAACGGCGAGUUUCAGCUGGAGCUGUCGAUGGCGAACGUGCGGACGGUCUACAUGACGGAGGUCAGAAUGCCGACGUCGGUAUUCUCGGCCGGCCAGACGAAACCGAGCAAGUUAGAGACCGACUACUUCGCGUUCGGCGGCUUCGACUGGAACCUGGUCAUCUAUCCGCACGGCAAGGAGACGGACGGCCGCGGCCAGGACAGCCGCGUGAGCGUCUACCUGAUGAGACUGUCGGGCUUCGAUCACCGAUGCAGGGUGAGAUACAGCCUGGCCCUGGGCGAGGGCGAACGGCGGAUCGACUCCGAGCAGAUCGAGGACAUAUCCGAUCCCGAGGGCUGCGGCUUCGGAUGGCACACGAGGGUCCGAUGGUCCGACAUCGCGCACAAGGGCACACUCCGCGUGUCGCUCGAGAUGCUCGAGGCGAGGACCAUCUGCGAGGUCGCGGUGCAGGCGCUGGGCCCGUCGGUCCUGCCGGCCGCGCCCUGCUACGAUCGUGACAAGCAGGCCUGGGCUAUCCGCGCCGAUCUCAACUCCGACACGGUCAGGCUGCACUUGGUGUACAAAGACAUCCAUAAUGUGCCGAGGAAUCACUUAAGGUAUAUCAGUUGGUCGGCAUAUCUGCUGAGGGGCGAGGGACCAAACGUCGAGGCGAUUGCGCUACCUGGCGAAACGUUUAGCCGCUAUUACGUUCAGGAGUCCGUCGACGAGGGUAUCAUCAUGGAGACGAACGUGGACAUGAAUGAGGUGAAGGAGAAUCACUGUUCAUAUCUCACGGACAAGGGCCAGCUGAGAAUCCGGCUCGAGUGGAACGAGAGCCACCUGCUCUUUCAGGCGACCUAUCACAAGUACGACGACGUGUGCCGCGUGCAUAAUCAGCAGAUGCGACGCGAGAUAAUGUCGCUGCAAGCGGAGAACUAUAGCCUCGAGCGGCAGCUGUUCAGCUAUCAGAAGAGUCUGGCGUAUGCACAGGCGCAGCAGGAGCAGCAGCAGCAGCAGCAACAGCAGCAGCAACGCCCGAAUCAGCAGCACCACUCAAUGGUAGGUCAUCAGGGUCAUCUUGAGCGAUCGGCGUCCAGCGACACCGAAUACGCUUGACAAGUGGAACGAGAGUUU